AUGAAAUCCACAAAUACAACAAAUAUAAAAGACUUUAUUAUCAUUGGAUUCCCUGGACUUUUACCAAAGUAUUAUGGACCGGUGUCUGUUCUGCUUCUUAUUGUUUUUCUUGCUAUCGUGAUCGGAAAUGUUUUUAUUUUAACCGUCAUCCUGCUUGAGCGGACCCUUCACAGACCGACAUACUUGAUCUUUUUUCACCUGGCAAUGACAGAUCUUGCAUUUGGAAUCGUGACUCUUCCAAAAAUCAUUGCCAGAUACUGGUGGAAUGACAUGAUAUCGUCAUUCAACGUCUGCUUCACACAAAUGUAUUUUGUCCAUUCACUGGGAGCUAUUCAUUCUUUGAUUUUGCUAAUGAUGGCUUUCGAUCGCUUUUUUGCCAUUUGGUUUCCGUUCAAAUAUCCUCUUGUGUUCACAAACAAAAGUGUUUCUAUUGCUUGUUGCCUGUGCUGGGUUUUAACAUUCAUACGUAUGAUGGGGAUUGUGCUUCAUGCUUCAACGUUGCCUUACUGUGACCUUAAUAUCAUCAUGCAAUGCUACUGCGAUCAUAUAUCAAUAACUCGGCUGGGAUGUGGUGAAAGAGUCUCAUAUGUUAAGCUUGUUGCAGUGGGAAAUGCAAUGGUGACGCUCUUAGUUCCUUUAACGCUCAUCAUUCUUUCUUACUUUUUUAUCAUUGUCGCUGUUUUAAGAAUGCCUCAUACUCAGAGACAAUCCAAAGUCUUGUCCACCUGCGCUCCACAACUCUUUAUAACCUGCCUGUAUUAUGUGCCAAGAUGCUUUGUUUACCUAGCAAACAAUUUAGGGUUCCAAUUUAGUCUCGUUGUUCGUAUUAUUAUUACAAUGACGUACAGCCUCGUGCCCGCUGCGGUUAAUCCAGUGAUUUACUGUUUCAAGACGAAGGAUAUUAAACAGGCUUUGAGGCAGAGAUUUAAUAACAGAAAAAUAAGCAAUGCACUCAGAUACGAUAAGUAA